CUAAUCCAAUCACACAUAUAUUGUGGUGUUAUCAAUAAUAACACUACUACUACUACUCAUAAUAACAACAUAGUAAUCUGUUCUAUUCUGUUCUGUUCCGAUCGUCCAUGGCUAGGAAUAGUGAACGUGACAUGUUCUCAGCGGAGAUUGUGAACCGUGGGAUUGAGUCUUCAGGACCCAACGCCGGUUCAUUGACAUUCUCCGUGAGGGUGAGGAGGCGGUUGCCGGAUUUUCUUCAAUCGGUGAACCUUAAGUAUGUGAAGUUGGGUUACCAUUACCUAAUCAACCAUGGCAUUUACUUGUUCACCAUUCCCCUGCUUCUGGUGGUGUUCAGUGCUGAAGUUGGUAGCCUCAGCAAAGAGGAUCUCUGGAAGAAGCUAUGGGAAGAUGCGAGUUACGACCUCGCCUCCGUCCUUGCUUCCUUUGCUGUCUUUGUUUUCACCUUGUCUGUCUACUUCAUGUCCAAGCCACGCCCCAUUUACCUCAUUGAUUUUGCAUGCUAUCGACCUGAAGAUGAACUCAAGGUAUCAAGAGAGCAAUACAUAGAACUAGCAAGCAAAUCAGGCAAAUUCGACGAAGAAAGCCUAGCAUUCCAGAAAAGGAUCCUAAUGUCCUCCGGCAUCGGCGACGAGACUUACAUUCCAAAAGCCGUAGUAUCCUCCACCACCAACACCGCCACAAUGAAAGAAGGCCGAGCAGAAGCCUCCACCGUCAUGUUCGGAGCCCUCGACGAGCUUUUCGAGAAAACCGGUAUCCGGCCGAAGGACAUAGGAAUCCUGGUGGUGAACUGCAGCAUCUUCAACCCAACGCCGUCGCUUUCAGCGAUGAUCAUAAACCACUACAAGAUGAGAGGGAACAUUCUGAGCUACAAUCUGGGUGGAAUGGGGUGCAGUGCGGGGAUCAUUGGAGUUGACUUGGCGAGGGAUAUUCUGCAGUCGAACCCGAAUAACUAUGCGGUGGUUGUGAGCACGGAGAUGGUGGGGUUUAACUGGUAUCAGGGGAAGGAGAGGUCGAUGCUGAUUCCGAAUUGCUUCUUCCGGAUGGGGUGCUCGGCGUUGCUGCUUUCUAACCGGCGGUUUGAUUAUAACAGGGCGAAGUACAGGCUUGAACACAUUGUCAGGACGCAUAAGGGUGCUGAUGAUCGUAGUUUCAGGUGUGUGUACCAAGAGGAAGAUGACCAAAAAUUCAAGGGACUGAAGAUCAGCAAAGACUUGAUUGAGAUUGGUGGUGAUGCUCUCAAAACCAACAUCACCACACUAGGACCCUUGGUGCUACCCUUCUCAGAGCAACUUCUCUUCUUUGCAACCCUUGUCUGGAGGCACUUGUUUGGUGGAAAAUCUGAUGGAAACUCAUCACCAUCAAUGAAAAAACCAUACAUUCCUAACUACAAACUAGCUUUUGAGCAUUUCUGUGUGCAUGCCGCAAGCAAGCCUAUCCUUGAUGAGCUUCAGAGGAACCUGGAACUGAGUGAAAAAAACAUGGAGGCUUCAAGAAUGACACUGCACCGAUUCGGCAACACAUCGAGCAGCAGCAUUUGGUAUGAGCUUGCUUACAUGGAGGCUAAAGAGAGAGUGAGAAGAGGAGACCGUGUUUGGCAACUUGCUUUUGGUUCUGGAUUCAAGUGCAACAGUGUGGUUUGGCUUUCAAUGAAAAGGGUUAACAAGCCUUCUAGGAACAACCCUUGGCUUGACUGCAUUAACAGAUACCCUGUGUCUCUCAAUUGAAGUGGAAAGUUGAAAGCUAGCACUUUUUUAUUCAUCUGUCAGUGGUGAGAAACUUUUAAGCUGUGUUUAGGGUCAAUAAUGGUAGUUUUCUAAGUUGGUCUUUGAAUUUCAGGGAUGUUCUUUUUUUUCUUUCUGAUUUUAUUCUACUGGCUUGAAAUUGUAUACUGUUACUGAGGCAUAUAGAUUUGUUGUGCCUGCUUGUUUGUCUCUUUUAUAGGAUGAUAAUUCAUAAUAUCAAAAUCUCAAUGGUUUAUUGAUGACUA